AUGCCAUCCCAUUUGUUCCUUUUUGCCUCAAUCCUAGUUGUUUCCCUCGUCUUUGCAACAGUACCUCUGGCAGAUGCUUUGAGCUUGAACACAAAUGAACAAAGCGGGCGAGUCUAUUGGAAGGGUUUGGGUGAUUCGUUUCGACAUCCAUUGGAUUUUCAACUGGCGACUGCUUUCAAGGCGAGCCCACUGCAUGAAGUUUCCAGCGGUGCCGUCCGUAAAGCACUUGGAAUUGUGGAAGAAGGACUGCGCUUACAACUAUUGUCCUCGUCGAUUAAGGUUUCUGACGAGCAACUGCCAACCAUACAGGGGUUGAUGGUGGAAGCUUGCAAAAUAUUGGCAUUGCCAGAACCUGAAGUCUACAUUCAAUCAAGUUCGACUGCGAACGCCUACACUCUUGCAACUAUAACCAAAGACAAAGACGGAGUGUCGAAGAAGCCAAUUGUGGUCCUCACUUCAGCCCUGCUUGAGCUUUGUUCGGAUGCGGAGCUGCAGGCUAUCAUUGGCCACGAACUGGGACACCUCAAGUGUGAACACUCCCUAUAUCUCACCCUGGGUUCAGCGGCGUCCACUGUCUUUCCGUUCUUAUCGAGCAAGAAACUCACGCAAGAUUGGCGCCUUUCAGCAGAGUAUAGCUGUGAUCGAGCUGCAUUGUUAGUCUGUCAGGACGUUAAUGUGGUGAAUGCGGCAAUGGUCAAGUUGUAUGCUGGUGCUGCUAUUCCUGAUUUGAAUACUGACAGUUUUGCUGCACAAUCUGAUGCUUACGAGGAACUGCUGAAAGAUGCAAACCCACUGAUAAGAAAUUCAAUUCGAAGAGAACCCAGGACACACCCCCUCCCCGUCAAACGAGUCAAGGCUCUAAAAGAAUGGUCCGACUCGGACAGCUACGAUCGGCUCGUUCAACGCGCCAAGCAGCUGGACCAAUUUCUGGAUAGCAAACCACCCACGACGGAAAUUGAUAGUUGA